UAUGUAUCUACUGUCUACUAGGAUCAUUACUGUAACCCGGCCUUGCCCGGCAUUUCAAGGUUUAGGCCGCAAUUCCGUAAUAUGAUAUGACAUUGCUCAAUAUUUAUUUGCUAUAUAUAGCUUAAGCUACUAGGGUGUUAUAGAGUAAAGUUACGAACUAAAAUGCAAACUCCCGCUAUACGUCAUUGUAGUUGAUAUAUGCUGAGCUACUGCAGGCACGUCAUCUACUGCGAAGCCUAUUCCAUUUUUCGAAAGCGGUGUGGACUUUUGACGGGCAGAAAUACACCGCCAAAUCGCUAUACGAACCCGUGGAAUUACUAUUUUCAAAUACUAAGAACAAAACAACAACGAGGUCUGUUCUCACUUACCUAAGCACCUACGAAUCAUGGAUUUAAUGAUCCGACUAGCUCUCCUUUGUCUUUGAUUCUGAGUACAGAAAAUCCCGAACAAUCAAAAGGGAAGAGACCCCUGAGCACCACAAUGGAGUCGCCGCCGGAUAGUCCCGUCGCGCAAAGCGCCCAAAUGCAUCCCGAAAGGGCUUACCUCUCCGGCCAACCGAAGUCCCUUGAAGGCAUUGCGAUACGCUCGUUCUGCCUCGGUAUAGCGCUCGCUUCAUCCGUAGUCGCCGUGUUAUUGACUCUCAUUCUCACCUCUUCCCCUCUGUGGCGCCUACCUUUCUUCAUCGGCGCUUUGUCGACCUUCCACUUUCUCGAGUUUUGGACGACCGCGAAGUACAAUACUCCUGUCGCGACUAUUGGUUCGUUCCUCCUGACCGCAAACUGGCCGGCGUAUGCGAUCGCACAUAGUGCGGCGUUGCUAGAAUGCCUCGUUACGGGAGUGCUGUUUCCGAAUAGGUCUUGGGCGCCAUUCUAUAGCGGUCACAUUAUCUUGCUGUUGGGUUUUAUCCUGGUCUUUGUUGGUCAAUUCGUCCGAAGUGCAGCCAUGGUCCAGGCCGGCCAAUCAUUCAACCAUACUAUUCAACACCGGAAGAAAGAUACCCAUGUCCUAGUUACCACAGGUCUAUAUUCGUUCCUUCGCCAUCCAGCUUACUUUGGAUUCUUCUAUUGGGGGGUAGGGACGCAGAUGGUCUUAGGGAACCCCAUAUGUUUCGUUGCUUAUACAAUCGUCUUAUGGCAAUUCUUCUCCAAAAGGGUAAAACACGAGGAGGCAUUGCUUGUCCGAUUUUUCGGGGAUGACUACGUUCAAUAUAAGAAGAGGGUUGGAACACUCAUGCCCUUUGUUGGGAACUGAGUAGACUGCCGCCGUUAUUGGUAUUAGAGAAUGGCGUUUAGGUUGAUGUCUAUGGGUGGACUUAUGAUACCCUAGUUUCAUACUCUUUGAAUAAAUCAAGACAAGUAUUACAAUCA